AUGUCCUUCCCCCAGCUGGGUUACCCGCAGUAUCUCAGCGCCAGCCAGGCGGUAUACGGGAGCGAUCGGCCCGGGGUUCUGGCUGCCGCCGCCGCUGCCGCCGCCGCUGCUGCUGCCUCAGGCCGGCCUGGGGGUGCGGAGCUGGGUAGCGGCUCGGCUGCUGUCACUUCGGUGCUGGGCAUGUACGCGAGUCCCUACAGCGCCCCCAACUACAGCGCCUUCCUGCCCUACACCGCCGACCUCAGCCUCUUCUCCCAGAUGGGCUCCCAGUAUGAACUGAAGGAUAAUCCAGGUGUCCACCCUGCUACCUUUGCUGCCCACACUGCCCCUGGCUAUUACCCCUAUGGACAGUUCCAAUAUGGGGACCCAGGGCGGCCCAAGAAUGCCACCAGGGAGAGCACUAGCACUCUAAAGGCCUGGCUGAAUGAGCACAGGAAGAACCCCUACCCCACCAAGGGCGAGAAGAUCAUGCUGGCCAUCAUCACCAAGAUGACCCUCACCCAGGUCUCCACCUGGUUCGCCAACGCCAGAAGGAGACUCAAGAAGGAGAACAAAGUAACUUGGGGAGCAAGGAGUAAGGACCAAGAAGAUGGUAACCUCUUUGGGAGUGACAACGAGGGAGACCCCGAAAAGAACGAAGACGACGAAGAAAUCGACCUGGAAAGCAUAGACAUUGAUAAAAUCGAUGAGAAUGAUGGGGAGCAGAGUAAUGAAGAAGAGGAGGAGAAAUCUGAGCUCCUGCGACAAAGCAGCGAAGAUGAACAUUUGGAAAAAGAAAAGGGUUUGUCAUUGUCAGCGUCUGAAGGUCUUAAACCCAAAGACUCUUUCUCCCUGGUAAAGGAGGCCUCUGACAACAGUACACGAAUCAUAAACCCCAAUGGACAGAAUAAUUUACAGGUGCCACCUCACAGCAAACCCAAGAUUUGGUCUUUGGCAGAGACAGCAACCAGCCCUGAUGGCGCCCUGAAGUCUUCCCCUCCUCCCCCUUCUCAUUCCCAGGUUAACCACACUUCCACCCAGAUUCAGCAUCCGGCUUUCCUCCCUAGCCAUGGACUCUACACAUGCCAGAUUGGCAAAUUUCACAACUGGACAAAUGGGGCUUUCCUCACUCAGAGUUCCCUGUUAAAUGUGAGGUCUUUUUUGGGAGUAAACCACCAUCAUGCGCCUCAUCAUAACCACCAUAUCCAGGCCCAGCAACAGCCUUCUGUGUUAUCAGCAACCCUGGGAGCCCUAAGCAGUGAAAAACCUACAGAGAGGACCAGUCCCAAACACAUAGAAAGAGAAAAUGCACCAAGGACUGAAACCCCACCCCAGCAGUUAAAAUCGCCUUUCCAGCCUGUGCGUGACAACUCUUUGGCUCAGCAAGAGGGAACACCGCGAAUUUUAACAGCUCUCCCUUCUGCUUGA